AAAAUGAAAGAUUUCACUAAAUUUGUUCUUUGCGCUUUAAGUGGAGCUAUUGUUGGCCUUAUAUAUAAAUUAAAUAAGGCUAAAGUUAAUAAAAAUCAAAUUGAAUUAGAUACUCUUAAAAAUUAGAGGAGUGUUACUGUUUCCUUACUAAAGUAUAACAUUUAAUUUUUAAAGGGAUACCUUUUUGUUAACAGAUGAUAAUUCAGUAAGUUUGUUUGUUGAAGGCGAGGUUGUCUAAAACACAGAAAUGCUAAAAAGUGCAAAUAGCAAAUAUACAGGGGUUUAUAUAAAGAGAUCGAGUUAUGAAAUAGAGGUUGUAGAAAACAAUGGAAGAAAAACAUAAUAAAGAAGAUAAACCAGCAAAACAACAAACACAACAGAUUCUUUUAUUUUGCAAUCGCAUCUAAAAACAAAUGAAACCUUGCUGAUAAACAAUUUUUCUGGCACAAUAGUUUUGCCUAAAGUCUUAAAACAUUAAUAAACAGAUCAAAUUUUAAAUCCUCCUGAAAUUAGAUCAAUAGUGAGAGAGCCUUAAACGUAAGACAUGUAAUAAUAUUAGAGAUGUAGAAAAGGCAGAAUUUAAAGAAGGAAAGCUAAAUAAAUUUUUGACAACUAUUUCAAAAAUUGGAGUGGAAAUAGAUGAAGACAUUUUAUGUGAAGGAACUUUUAUUUGUGUUUAUGGCAAAGUUGUUUGGGAUAAAGUGUAAAAUACAUUUAUCAUAAAUGCUCCUAAAUAUUUUGGUGUGAGCAAGGAAUAAAUUAUUGAAUACUUUGAAGCUGACUAAUACUUUUUAAAAUUUAUAGGAAUACUCUUAACAAUUGGUGGAACAGUAUUAAUAAAUACAUAAAAUAGGCAUUUUCUAUAUUCGCUUUAAAAUAUUUAUACAAGACCUUAUCUAAUAAUGAAGAUAAUAAAAAUGCAAAGUGAAGAAAUCUAAAAACAAAAUGAAUUAUCAUUAGAUCACAUUAUCAUAG